AUGGCUGCAGCAACUAGGGAAUCCCUUGAGUUUUCAGACAAGGCUGGGGCUGUACCAAAGAUGUCUGCCAAGAGACAUACAGAGAUAACACAGGAGGCCCCUGCAUUGGAAGUUGCUGUGGGUGAUCAGCCUGUUUUCCCAUACAUGGCACCGCUUCCCCCUCGAUCUAUGGAAACAUCUAGAAGAUCUUCUGCCUCAUCUGAUCAAGUGUGGGAAAUGCUGGAAAUAAUCAGACAGGAUGUGCUAGACUUGAGAAACAAAUUUGAAGCUGAAUUCACAACGCUAAGUCAGAAGGUGUCAGUGCUGGACUACAGAGCUGAUGAAACGGAUGAGGUCCUGACGGAACACGCUACAGAAAUAGCAAAUCUUAAUAAGCGCAUUCACUCAUUGGAACUACAGUUAAAUUCCACUAACACUAAAUUGAGUGAUAUAGAAGACAGGAGUCUGAGAAAUAAUUUGAGAGUAAGGAGGAUCCCUAACUGUUCAGCCUGCUGA